AUGCGUAGCUUAUGCAUCAUCUUCAAUCUGUUUCUUUGUCUGGGGGUAACAGCUACUCGUUUACUGGAAAGGAACCUGGCGUACAAAUCUCCUUUCUUGGACGCACCCCAGGUGAGUAUUUAUAUAUUUUUUAUGAUACACAACCUGCACAAGCGACAAAUCAAACAUGUUCGUCGUCAGAUGCAAGACGCAGGGAUUUUUGACGAUAAGCAUUACGUCACCUUCUAUGGAGGGGAUUUUAGCAACAGUCCAUUUAUAUGGAGUGGUGGAUUGAACUUUACGCAUGCCGAUCCUUUCGACACUUCUGUGUUGUUGUGGACACGGGCAGUUCCAUCGCCAUCAAGUGGAACAUCACAAUUACCUGAUCAGAGCGUUCCCGUCUGUCUGUCGUAUCAAGUGUUCAAGUCGGCCGAUCUAUCAGGUUCUCCCGUCAAUUCUGGGGAAGUCUUCACAAGUUAUGACGUGGACUGGACAGUGAAGAUUGAAGCGACUGGCUUGCAGCCUGACACGAGAUACUUUUACCGAUUCUUUGACUGCACGGAUCCCACGAGCACUAGCCCUGUCGGUACCACUAGAACUUUGCCUAGUCCUAAUACUGCUGCUAACAGGGUUAAUGGAGGAAACCCGUUUACUCUUGCCGUGUUCUCGUGUUCCCAAUAUCAAGCAGGAUGGUUCAACGCGUAUGGAUACGCAGCCGAACUCGUGAAACCUGACAUCUUCGUUCACCUUGGAGACUACUAUAGGACUGACGAGAGCCUUCGUACUGCUCACCUGAGUGGUCCUUGGAUUACAGUAUGGUAUGUCGCUGAUAAUGCCUGGAAAGCUGGCACAGCAGAUUCUAACGAUACCUCGAUCGGCUGCUCUUUUUCUCCAUCGGGAGCGUGUUUCACUGACAGGAAAUUAAGUGCCGUACGAGCGUACCAUGAAUGGAUGCCUAUACGACAGGUAGUCUCGAACGAUAAGCUACGUAUAUGGAGGAAUUUCCAGAUAGGGAGGCUCAUGGAUUUGACGAUGCUUGAUACCCGUCAGUACGACAGGGAUUUGACGGAUGUUUACUACAACACAGUCGUCAAUACCGUAUCCUCCUACGAAAAUCGUAGUCUGAUGGGUGCAGAACAGGAGAAAUGGUUUUUUCAGACACUUUCCGAGUCGCAGGAACGAGGUGCCAUAUGGCGCAUCGUCGGGCAACAGAUAGUUUUCACCCAGUUGAACCUCAACGGCACAUGUGAACCGUUCAAGGAUGCGUGGGAUGGGUACCGAGCCAAUAGACGUCGUGUUCUCGACCAUCUUUAUGGGAACAAAAUCAGUAACACGGUUAUUCUUGCUGGAGAUAGCCAUGCAAACUGGGUUUCUGACCUUGCUUGUAACUACAAUCCGAUCUCGGGGGAAGGUGCGAUUGGUGUCGAGUUCGGAGGCACCGCGGUAACUUCAUCAUCUUCGUUCGGUCGGAUAUCGCAACCGGAAACAGUUACAAUUUCACAAGCUCUCGUCGCAAUCAACGCUGACUUACAAUGGAGCGAAGGUUUUUACCGCGGAUUCUUUAGUCUGAAGGUGGAUCCUAGACAAUUAAAUGCGACGUUCUAUGCUAUGAAUGAUAUCACCAACGCUAACUUGAAUGGCUUUGCUAGUGCCGAGUUUCUUGUGAAAGCCGGAGAGAACAAACUUUCCCGUCCUAUAGCUGGCGGUACUGUUUUGGCAGGCGCUCUGAAAACUGAUGGACCUGGUACUUAG